AUGCAAUUACUAUGUGCUGCCGUUAUCCGGAAGAACUGGGUGCGUUACAUGCACGUACGAGAUAUUCCUAAGUUGGUCGAGCUUCUGGCAGACAAUCAAAGUAAGCUCAAGUUUUCGACCAAUACUGUUCCGUCUCUCGCAACCACUCAUUUUCCGCGAGAAACGGUGGCGAGAGACGUUUGGGAGAACUCUGUGGACACCACCGCGGCAGAUCCAGGUGCAACUCACAUGCCGGGACAAGAAAUAACGGAGGAGUCGCCUGGAAAUGCCACGCCAACAAAUCCAGACGCAACUCAGGCGCCAGGGCAAGAAAUCAACCGCCCUCCGGCAAGCAUCUCCCGAUCGAUAGUGUCAGGGAUGCCCUGGCAGACCAAAGAAUUUCAGGUGAAAUGGUCAAGACAAGGCAUCACCGCUUGUUUUGACGAGCAAUUUGCCCACGUCACUAGUUGCGCUGAAGGGCAAAAAAUAAGCAUGAUCUUUCCAGAAUGGGCCUUUGAUGAUUGUGUGAUAUCAAUUCCUCUAGACUUAUUCACAGCGAAGAGCCUCGUGCAAGUGCUAUUUGGCAUUGUGGUUCAUUUGCAGGGCGAGGCCCCCCCUGCCGACAACGCGGUUAUGGUUACAUGUGAUGGAUCAAGAGAAACUGUCUUCAGACGUCAGACUGGCGAUGCUAUAGCCAAGGCUCUUGGCAAGAAACUAUGGGAGUAUACUAAUAAAAGUCGAGGCCGACAACUGGAAGGCAACAAGGAGCACACCGAUUGUGCCUCCGUGUCGAUUUCAGGAAAACACUGCUCUCUCAGCGUUUCUAUUGGCACAGAAGCUGCCACAGAGGUGCUAAAGGAGUUGCAAAAGGGUAUUUAA